UCAUUGAACCUUUGAAAGAUUACAUUCUUUAAUAAUAAGUUUUUCUAACAUUAUGCUCGAUAAUUUAAAUUCGUUUGCUUCGUUUGGUGCUUCUUACAUCACUCUCUGUUGUCUAGCAUUGGCUACAUUAUUUUUUAUAUAUUUAAAAUCGAGAAGCAUAUUAAAGUUUCUAGAGCACGUAGUGGGAUGGAGAACUAGAGCCCCGGAGCAAGAACCUGAGGCAGCAUCAACUUCCACAUCAUCAAUAAAUAAUUCUGAAUCGAAAAAAUCAGAAACUCAACAGAAAGCGAAGAAAACAGAAGAACCAGUAUUUAGUACCAAAUUAACAACACCUAUAGAAAAUGUGAUUAAGAAAACAGUUAAAGAAGAUCCGAAAUCAAAAAAUUUGCAACCAUCCACUUCUAAGCAAAAAGCUAAGCCAUUAAAUAAACCAAAUCAAAAUACAGUAAAAGAAGACAAUAAACCUAAACCUGCUGAAACAACAAAAAGUGACAAAAGUGCAAAUAAAACAGUUCCCAGCAAACCAAAAGAAGAUACUAUUCAACCAAAUAAAAUCAAAGCUCAAUUACCUGUUGAUGAUAUAGGUUAUUCCUUUUUCCCUGUAAAAGAAAAAAGUAAAGGGAACAAGAAAAAUAAGGAUUCUUCGAGUCCCGUAUCCGAGCAAAGUUCAAAAAAUUCGAAAGAAACCACAGCAAAACCAUCAGUAGUCGAUCAAAAUAAAAAGAAGGAUAUUAAACGAUCACCUGAAACAGCACCUGUGACGUCUAAAAAAUCUGUGACCAUUUUAGAUGCUAAAAAAUUACCAGUUACAAGGCCUGUUGAAGCAAAAAUACAGUUAGAGGAUAGAAAUAAGACUGAAGUUCGAGAAACCAAGAAAGUAUGUUCGUCAGUUUCAUAUGCUAAUGUUGUAACAAAUAAUAUUCCCGAAGCAAAAGGUAAUUCUGAUUCUGAUCCAAAAUUAGAGGCUGGAGACCAGAAAGAGCAAACAAAUACUAGUGCUGUUAUUACUUCAACUACUGUAUCGACAUUUAUAGAUUCGGAUUUAAAAUCUGACGAUAAAUCAGUUGAGCAGGAGGUUUUGGAGGCAGUAAAUAAGGAAGUAAGUGAAGAUAUUCAGUCUCAAGCUAUUCAUGAACCAGAACCAUCUAAAAUUGACGAAAUCGACAAAUCUGGCAAGAUUCGUGACAUUUUAGAUUCUGAAAAACCUCUGCUUGAAAAUAAUCCUGAAAAGGAACGAGAAAACAACUCAGAAAAUUUAUCACCAAUAAUAAACCUCGAGAAUUUAUCCAAAAGCGAAUCCAGUUCCAUUGAAGUCAUUUGUGAAGAACAGAACAUUGAUUUUCCAAUUGGUUCGUUUGAAAACAUUGCCGAAGAGUUAAAGGAAAGUAACGAAAGUCAGACACAAUUUGAAGUCAUCAAAGAAAAUCUAAACAAACUCAUACAGUUCACGUCUGAAUCAGAGCAGAUUUUGUGCCGUUCAGACAGCUCUUCAAUUUGCAUAAUCGAUAAUCAAACCGAAAGUAUAGAAUCUGAAAUCGGUAAAAUAGAAGAAACCCAACCAGUGUACGCUUCCUUUACCUUUAACACAGACAUAGAACCGUUUUCAGUCAGCGAAAGUGAAUAUUUCUCCACUGACGACCACUCUUCUAAUUUGGAUACAUUUAUUGUAGUAGACAAAGAAUCUGAACAAAACGGAGAUAUAUCAGAAGUACCGUUGCAAGAAAUUUCAACUUAUGCAACUAUUUCUCAAGAUUUGGUAGAAAAAGCAGUUGUAGAUUCUCUAACAGAGUACUUAGGAAAAGAACAGCUAGAUGCCGAAGGAGAUUACUGCAUUUUAGAGAAGUUUGAAAGUGUGCAAUCCAAUGAAAAAUCUUUAAUAAACGAACAGAAGGAAAUUCUUGACAUUAUAGAAGAACUUCAACAAUUAGAAAAAUCAGAUCAAUUAACUCGCGAAACCAACUUGGAAGAAAAUAGUCGCAAAUUUAUUGAAGAAACUCCCCAAGAAGAAUCGAUUGUACAAAAUUCGGAUAUUGAACCCCAAGAUGCUACACCAAACUCUGAUAUUAACAAAGAAUUUCUGCAAUUAGAGGAAGUAAGAAACUUGAUAGAUUCUGAAGAGAUACAAAAUAAUUUAAAUAAUUCUCAACUUACCGAAGAAUUACCAUUGAAGCCGAACCCUAAUAUUAACGAAGAAUUUCCAGAAUUAGAAAAAUCAGAGGAAGUAAGGAACAUAAUAGAUUCCGAAGAAAUACAGAAUAAUUUAAAUAAUUCACAACUUACCGAAGAAUUACCAUUGAAACCGAACCCUAAUAUUAACGAAGAAAUUCCACAAUUAGAAAAAUCAGAGGAAGUAAGGAACAUAAUAGAUUCCGAAGAAAUACAGAAUAAUUUAAAUAAUUCACAACUUACUGAAGAAGUUUUUGAAUCAUCAUUGAAACCGAACCGUAAUAUUAACGAAGAAUUUCUGCAAUUAGAAAAAUCAGAGGAAGUGCGGAACAUAACAGAUUCCGAGGAAAUACAGGAUAAUUUAAAUAAUUCUCAUCUCACUGAAAAAGUUUCUGAAUUAUCAUUGAAAAUAGAAGAACCUACUAUCGACAAAACAGACGUUGAUCACCAGAAAAGUUCGCAAGAAAUCAUCGUUGUUGAAGAAGAGAAACUAGAAGUUUCUGAAGAUAAACUGGCUGAAAUGGCACCCUCGCAGAUCCGAGUGUUAACUUUAAACGACCAGGAACAUCAAGAAUGUACGUUGUACAGAAUAGAGAAGAACUGGGCGAUACAGUUCCGUCUAGGACCGUCUCUGUUUGGAAGAAAGGUGUAUCUGUACUGCAACUACCCCGUCGAUAAUAAAGGCACUUUAGCCGAGUUCAACCGUGACAAAUAUCAGCUCCUUAAUUGGGUGCUGGAUGAAGGUUGUAAAAAUGCGGAUGAUACAGCUCUUUACACCCAAAUUGUAGCGAAAUUGUCGGGAAGUUUCCACUACUACUUCACUUUCGAGAAAGGGAGUAACGUAGAACGGCAGGGCUCGGGAUUUUUCCUAGUUGAUCCGAUAUUGAAAUAUGGCAGCAACGAGGACUUACCGCUAGAUUGCAUUCAGUGUCAAACGGUCCUAGCUAAGAAUUUAGGUUCGUUUUCGACUUGGGAGAAGAAACUGCAAGUAGCAAAGGAAUCUGGUUAUAACAUGAUCCACUUUACACCAGUUCAGGAAUUGGGAGCAUCACGUUCGUGUUAUAGUUUAAGCGAGCAGCUGAAGUUGAAUCCAGUUUUUAAGAAAGAAAAUGGUGCAAUGCCUACGUUCGAGGAAAUAAAGAAGUUUAUUGGGAAGAUAAGAAACGAUUGGAAGGUGACCUCCAUUUGCGACAUCGUGUUGAACCACACCGCGAAUGAAAGCGAGUGGAUCAAAGCCCACCCGGAAGUAACGUAUAACUGUGUAAACUGCCCUUACAUGCGUCCCGCCUAUUUGUUAGACGCCGCUUUCCACCAGUUCUCAAUGGACGUUAAAAAAGGGCUGUACGAAGAUAAAGGAAUACCCAUCGAAGUCGACCAUGAAGAUCACCUGAACGCCAUCCGUUACCACUUCCGCAAGUCCCUGUUGGAGACACUCAAGAUCGAAGAACUAUUUAUCUGCGAUACAAACAAAUUGGCCGUCGAAUUCUCUGGCCUCGCUCGAAGUACGCCACCAGUUACUGUUAAUUUCAAAGUCGAACAGGAUGAACUAAGGAUUUUCCAAGACGAGGAAUACAAACGAUUAGCCGCUACGGUCGAUAUGACGCUAGCGUUGAAGCUGUACAACGUCUAUCGAAGCGAUUCUUUUGAUGAGGACUCGAGGUUGAAGAAGUGCACGGAAGAUUUCAAAAGCAAGCUGGAUUCUUUGAAUAACGCUAUAAUUGUGGACGUAAACGAUCAUUUAACGGCGGCCAUCGAAAACGUUAUAGCCGGCAUUAGAUACUUCAGGGUUCAACCCGACGGACCCAGAGUUAAAGACAUAACCAUUAAAAAUCCCUUGGUAUAUCGCUACUUCACCGAUUACGGAACGCCUAAAAGCAUUAAAGAACACGAAGAGAUAAUGUACAGCAGCAACGGGCGUUUCCUGAUGGCUCAUAACGGUUGGGUCAUGAACUCGGACCCUUUGAAAAACUUCGCUUCUCCCGACUCUAACGUGUAUCUCAGAAGGGAGCUUAUAGCUUGGGGAGAUAGCGUGAAGUUGCGUUACGGCGAUGAACCUAAGGAUUGCCCGUUCUUAUGGGAACACAUGAAGAAGUACGUGGAACAAACCGCCGAGAUUUUCGACGGUGUGAGGUUGGAUAACUGCCAUUCCACUCCGAUUCCUGUGGCGGAGUACUUGUUGGAUUGCGCAAGAAGAGUACGACCGGAUUUGUACGUUGUGGCUGAACUUUUCACCAAUUCUGACAUGACGGAUAACAUUUUCGUAAAUAGAUUGGGAAUAACUUCAUUAAUUCGAGAGGCAAUGUCCGCUUGGGACUCGCAUGAAGAAGGUCGCCUAGUUUACCGUUACGGGGGAACUCCAGUCGGGUCGUUCUAUCAACCCAGAAUCAGGCCUUUAGUUCCGUCUAUAGCCCACGCGUUGUUCUUGGAUUUAACUCACGACAACCCAAGCCCCGUCGAGAAGAGAUCGGUUUUCGAUCUCCUACCGAGCACCGCAUUGGUUAACAUGGCCUGCUGCGCAAGCGGCUCAAAUAGAGGCUACGACGAGUUGGUACCGCAUCACAUACACGUCGUGGAUGAAACUAGGCAAUAUACAGAAUGGACAGACGAUGAAAAUUUGGCCAUGGGGAAUUUAAGAUACGUUACGAAGAAAUCCGGUAUCAUUCUUACCAAAAAAGCCAUUAACGACAUACAUUUUACGUUGGGUAAAGAAGGCUACCACCAGGUUUACGUGGACCAAAUGGACCCAGAUAUCGUAGCCGUGACAAGGCAUCGUCCCGACACCCACGAAAGUUACAUCCUUGUAGCGUUCACCGCAUUCGGGCAUCCGAGAGAAGACGCCGGCAAUUACCAAAGAGGCAUAAAGCCUCUGAGGUUCGAAGGAGUUUUGGAUGAAAUCGUUUUGGAAGCAACACUAAGCCACGUCAGCGUCAAGAAUGGCGGUUCGAAAUUUGCUAGAUGGGAGAAUUUCACCAGUGACUCAAAGUGGGUAAACGGUCUUUCUGAAUACCAGGUUGCCUUGAAGCAACACAUACAGGCUGACGAGUCGGACAUAUUCGAAAAAGUCGAUUCCGGAACACCGAACGUUACACAGUUGAACUUUAAAAAUUUCAAGCCUGGGUCUGUUGUGGUGAUCAAGGCGUCGUUGCCGGAAACCAUGAAGGAUGCCGUUAAAUCUGUGCGAUCCUUAAUCAAUCAAUUCUCGCUGACAAAGGAAACGGAACUGUCUCGUAUCAUCGAUCAGUUAACGUUGGCUGACUUGAACAGAAUAAUUUACAGGUGCGACCAGGAGGAAAGAGAUGAAGGAUUCGGGUUUGACACGUAUCAUAUUCCCAAUUUCGGUCCGCUCGUGUACGCAGGAGUGCAAGGAUUUGUAUCUCUUCUGGCUAAUAUUAGGCCUAAUAACGAUUUGGGCCAUCCAAUGUGUGCAAAUUUAAGAGAUGGAAACUGGAUGAUUGAAUACAUUUGGAAGAGAUUAAAAUUAGACAUCAACACUAGACAUCUGGGACAGUGGAUCGAAGAGAACACAAAAUUCUUUAACAACAUACCAAGAUACUUGGUACCAAGCUAUUUUGACGUUGUCGUUACAGGAAUCUACGUUCUCUUACUGGAGAAAUGUUAUAAGCUAAUGUCUAAUUUUGUCAAUCACGGUUCUACAUUCGUAAGAGGUCUCUCCUUGGGUUCCGUGCAAUUCGCGGCUUACAUAAAAUCGGCCGAUCUACCGGUUCUGUCUCCUAGUCUAGCACCGCCGAAACCACCGACUAGAAAAAACGACAAAGGUGAAAGCGUCCAGGCUUGCGUCACUUUAAGUGCCGGUUUGCCGCACUUCGCCGUCGGUUACAUGAGGAAUUGGGGAAGAGAUACGUUCAUCUCUUUGAGAGGACUGUUCAUACUUACGGGACGGUUUGAAGAAGCCAGGCAACAUAUUUUGGGAUAUGCCGCUUGUUUGCGACACGGCCUCAUACCUAAUUUGUUGGACGGCGGACGUAACUCAAGGUUCAAUUGCAGAGACGCCGUAUGGUGGUGGCUGUAUUGCAUUAAGGAAUACGUAGAAGAGGCUCCAAACGGGGAUAAAAUUCUUACCGAUAAAGUGUCUAGGAUAUUUCCAACGGACGAUUCUCCAGCUCAACCACCAGGAGCUGUCGAUCAGCCGUUACACGAUGUUAUGCAGGAAGCCUUGAAGGUCCACUUCCAAGGAUUAACUUUCAGAGAACGGAACGCGGGCAGGCAGAUAGACGAACACAUGACGGACAGAGGAUUUAACAAUCAAAUAGGCGUUCACCCGGAAACAGGGUUUGUGUUCGGCGGCAACGGAUGGAAUUGCGGCACAUGGAUGGAUAAAAUGGGUUCGUCGGACAAAGCAGGAAACCGCGGCGGGCCCGCCACUCCAAGAGACGGCUCCGCCGUCGAACUCAUCGGUCUCUCCAAGGCCGUCAUAACGUGGCUGUGGAAACUUAACCAAAAUAAGAAAUAUCCUUACAGCGGUGUGGAAAGGACCCACAAGAACGGUUCCGUUACCAAAUGGACGUUUAAGGAAUGGAGCGAUAAAAUUCAAGCCAACUUUGAAAAGUAUUUCUGGAUAAGUAAUACGCCAGUGCCGGAAGAAUACAGAUCUGAUUUAAUCCACAGAAGGGGGAUUUAUAAAGACAGUUUCGGGGCUUCGAAUGUAUGGGCGGAUUUCCAGCUGCGUUGCAACUUUCCAAUCGCGAUGGUCGCGGCUCCUGAAUUAUUUACUCCCCAACAAGCCUGGACAGCCCUGAGACAGGCCGAAAAACACCUAUUGGGGCCCUUGGGAAUGAAAACGUUGGAUCCCAAAGACUGGCUUUACAACGGCAACUACGACAAUUCUAACGAUUCUACCGACCCGUCAGUCGCGAAUGGAUUUAACUAUCACCAGGGACCGGAAUGGGUAUGGCCGGUAGGGUUCUUUUUAAGGGCCAAACUCCAUUUUGCUUCUCUAAACGGAGUCCUUAACGAAACCAUAGCUGAUACAAAGGUUGUCUUGUCCAAACAUUUUACGGAAUUGCAAAGCUCAGUAUGGAGAGGCCUUCCGGAACUUACCAAUAGCAAUGGUUCGUAUUGCCGCGACAGCUCUAGGACGCAGGCGUGGAGCAUGGCCUGCAUUUUGGAGGUCCUUCACGAUUUGCAGAAGAUCGAGUCUAAUCAACCUGUAUUUAUUAAUUGACUUAGCGGUAGUUUAGUGUAUAAACAAAAUAAAGUAGUUAAGGCUCAUUAUUAUGACAAUUCCACAUCGACAGAAAUAGACCAAAAGAAAAAUCCGUCUCCGAAACUAUCAAAAAUAUUACGUCGGCAAAAAGUUCACACCGAGGCGGUUUUUUCGCUGGAGGAAAUCAAAAUUUAUACGUCGCAACUGGGUAAACCUCAACAUUAUGAAGUCGACUUGGUUAAUAAUGCAAUCAGUGUUUUUACAACUUAUAGUGACAUUUAUUUUAAAAAUAACCAAACUUUAACUAGUUUUAUAGUCCCUGUUCGGGACUUAGUACAGACCGAACGUAAUAUCCUUAUAUCAAACAGUGUAUCAAAUUGUAAUACUGCUUUCGUGCCUUUUUAUUGUAAAUACCCUGCUCAGGAGACCCCCGGAUUGUUACUCAACUUACCCAAAUUUGAUUUACAUGAAUCUCGAGAUAAACUAGGUUUGAACUCGUGUCUUUUCAAGAAUUAUGUUCCCAUUUUUGCAUCGACUAGCGAUCAUUUUUAUUAUCCUAGGAAAGUGUACAGCCACCAAUAUUCGCGGGUAUCGGUUUCGAACGGCAAAAAGAAGUCAGCGCCGAGCGUCAAUUUAGAUGAAAUUAAACCAGUUCUAGACGAAAUAUCGAACAGCUCGGACGUUUUGAAUUACGAAGAAACGGAUUUAAUCGAGGAAAAUGUGAAUCAACCGAUAACCGAACGGGACGUUCUUUUACUUAAUCCUCUUUUGUUAGAAACCGUUCCGAGAGCGAAACCCAGGCUGACGCAGUCGGAACAUAAAAAAAUAGCACGCAUCACUAUUAUGUAUACCCUAGCUUUUUUUGCACUAGUACUCGUAACUUUCUUUGUUAUAUAUUUAGCUUGAUUUUAAGAGAAGACUGGAAAUUUGUGCCACUAGUUUUAUUAAAAUUAUUUAUUUAUGUUUUUUGUUGAAAUUAUGUACUGAAUUGUUGCUUUUUAAAGUUAUAUAUCUUAAACGUUAAAUUUUUGCAUGUUAUAUUUAUGCUGUGUAACUGAUAUAAUAAAUAUUUGAAGAUUU